CCUCUUUUUUCUAUAUUCUCAUUCCUUUCAUUUAUUCAUGUUUUGAGUUAAACUUGCCUUUAUUGAAAAGUAAUUUUUUUGUUGUGUUCCUGAUUAUACACAUAAAUCUACGCCCCUCAAUUCCUUCAUUUUGACUGAUAUGCCAUAUUCGAAUAAAAAUCAACGAAGACUGACCGGUUAUAGAGGAGAUACCAACGGAAAUAACUCAAGUCUUGUUUUGGGCGAUGAAGAUAGCAAUGACGGUCAUCCCGAACUCUAUACUAUCGGUCAUCAGCAUGACAUUUAUGAUGAAUAUGACGACAAUUACACUAACGAUAAUACUCUUAAUAACAGACCUAUUCAUAACCAAUACCAACAACAACAUUACAGCAGCGAUGACCACUAUUAUAGCGAAGUCGAUACUGGUACUACUCAACAGCAACGGCAAGAUCAAGAGCACGAUGCACUUGAUGAGGGAGUUGACGAUGACUCAGGUUCCGAACUCAGCAUUCCUGAUCCGAAUAUCGAUUUUGAUAUGGUUUAUGCAUUACAUACAUUCGCCGCUACUGUCGAUGGUCAAGCUUCUGUUGUUCGUGGAGAUGCUUUAACGUUACUAGAUGAUACAAAUUCUUAUUGGUGGCUGGUUAAAGUCUUGAAAACAGCUGAAGUAGGCUAUAUACCUGCAGAAAAUAUUGAGACACCUUAUGAAAGAUUGGCUCGGUUGAAUUCGCAUCGUAAUAUUGAGCUUACUAGAAAAGAUAUUCAAGAUGUAUUCCCGGCUCCACCUUCAAAUAAAGCAAGGAAGCAAAAGAGAGUAACUUUAGCAAAGGAAGUGAAAUUUCAAUCACAAAUCAUCUAUGGUGGUUUUAGUGAUGAAGAUGACGAUUAUUAUGGUAAUAAUGUUGAUGACGAUAACGAUAGCUAUUUUGAAGCAGAGUUCCAGCAAUGGAAAGAAAAGAUGCGUUCCGACGACGACGACGAUGAUACUGAAGAUGGCUCCGAAAUCAUCGUUCCGGGUACUGACAAUGAUGAUUUUAGAUACAGUUCAGAUGAUCCAUAUCAUCAAUAUUGUGAUGAAGCUUAUGAGCAGCAUUCUGAACAACAGGAACAACAACUGCUGUCACCUACAGCAACCGCAGAGAAAAUAGAAGUCGAUGGAAAUGGAUAUGAUAAAAUUGACACAAAUGCCAUAUCUUCAGCAUCUACAAAUGAUUCGCAAUACAAUAUAAGUGCAGAGCAACCAAAACAGCGACAAAAAAUGUACGAGCAUCAAAAUUAUGAUCGAUUUAGUAUGGAAUCGGAAAGUAUCAACAAUGACAGCAGGGAGUCUUUUAAUUUGGGAAAGGAUGAGACUAUCAAAAUUUCACUGACGCCAAGUAUUGCUCGGGGUGAUGGUGAUGAUAGUACGACUGCACACCAUUCAGAUGCACAAGCAAAACUGAAAAAGGCUGCUAAACUAGAAAAACUAUUGAGCGAGCCCAUCAAUACAGCAGCAGAAAACGAUAAGGGUAGCAAUAAUGGAAAGAAUCCCAGUAAGAAAGAGAAAUCCGGUAUUCGCAAACUUUUCUCGCGCGAUAAUAGCAAGGAGAAAAAGAAAGAUAAAAAAAAGAAUAAAGAUGACAAAAAUACAGCAGCAGUCAGCAAUAACCCCAGAGCAAGCCUGUUAUCUUCUUCAUCCACAUCUUUGGAGAGACUAUCGUCGACUGCUUCAACGUUAGAAACAGCUUCUCUCGAAUCACAAUCCAACAGUAUUACCUCCAUUGAUCCAUAUCUCAUCAAUACCAACAGUGGUACAGAGCACAAUAAUAUCGACCAACUUACUACGAUUAACGAUCAGCCAGGAACCAAACGGUUAAAGAUAAAUGCAGGAAAUAUCACGAUAUUCAGUGGACACACAUAUGUUGAUGUAUAUCCGACCACAACUACUCAAGAACUGAUUGAUUAUAUAACUGCAAAUAUGAUUAAUACGAUCGAACAGCCAUCACGGCGGGAAAGUGACUCGUUGCAACAAGACUACUUUCUGAUUGUGAAAACUCAAAACGGUGACGAACUUACGCUUGUUCCAUCCGACAAGCCAUUAGAGAUUUAUCAGUCGUUGACAUCACACUUAAAUACACCUAUGCCGUCUCUGAAGAAAGCGAGGCGUAUAUCACAGCUAAUGGAGGGUGAGAAUGUUCACUUAGGAGGUCCGACUGGAGCAGUAGAAAGUAACAACAAUGAAGAAACAGCUGUCCAAUUCUUUUUAUUCUGUAGAACCAAGCGUAUGGAAGAAGGCGAAAUUCAAAUAAGAGUGUCAUUAUAUCCUGGAAAUAACGUUGAGCAGCAACAACACCAAAAAAGAUUGGAUAAACUGAUUAAAGUUCCUGUCAAUAUUUUAGCAAAAGAUGCGGUGACUCUAUUAUUAGAGAAAUUUCAUAUCCUAAAUGGCGUAGCAGCAGCCUUUAAUUCAACCAUUAAUGCGAACGACGUCAAUGAUAACAUAAAGUCGUUACGUUUGGAAGAAGACAAAGAAGUAGUGCAGUAUCGACUAGGUGUUAAUCACCAAGAUGGUUUGCAGUCUUUGGUAGACCCUGAUCAACGGCUGUUAGAUGUUUUUGAUGAGCGUAAUAUGCCUCACAUUCAUUAUAAAAGAAAUAGCAAUCCGGAUAGUCGAAGUUCUAUUACAGUGAAUACUAUAACAUCCGAAAGAGAUGAAAUUUAUUUCAUUUUGACACCAUUAAGAAAAGAGACUGGAAAUCUUGAACCGAAUAUGAUUGAAGCAAUGAACACAAGGACAGUUGAUACUAAUGAAGAAAAAGCAAUAAACGACGCAGUAACACCUGGUCAUCCAGCCCCUGCCGGACCACACCGUGUGACACGUCAUAAUACACCAAUGCCACGGCAUGAUUCCUCUUCAGCGAUCAACAACGAUAUCUAUCCUGAACAAAUGUCACUAAGUUCGUUACUUUAUCAACCGCAAGUUGUACUUGAAGAUCGAAAAGUAACAAUAGCAGAGCAACAAAAUUAUGAUACACUUAUUGCCAGUAGUCCUGAAGAAGACAAAUCUCUGUGUUUUGACACUAAAACAACUCUGUUGACGAAUUCACCAACAAAUUCUACCAUAAACGCUGGUAAAGAUACCACUACAUUAUCAGAUAUGUCUACUAUUACCAAUACUAUUGAUACCACCCCUACUAUGUCUGCUACGACUGCAAGCCCUGCCACGCCGACACCAAUUUCUUAUUCCCCACCUACAAUUCCUAAUCGCGGAUACAAACAUAUUGCUGCAGAGCAGCUUUCGGCUGCUCCUACUGCCGCUACUGAUGCAGCUAUGGUCUAUAACAAUAAAAAUUUACCGCGUCCUGAAUCAGAUAGCUCGCUAUUAUUUUGUGAUGAUUUCGGAAUCAAUGACCUGAUGGUACUUAUUCGUGGUGCAGCCAUAUCCGCAGUUGCCCAACAUAGUCAUCGCACGCAAGAAAGUAUCAGCAAUAGCAAUAGUGCUGUUCGUAAUGAAAUCAACACUAUUUUCAAAGAUAGCCAAACAAGACUGGAUCAAUUAGAAAAGGAGUUGGACCGGAUUAUGGCAGAAGCGGUGAAGGUUUAUUCUUAGUUAUAGAAUGUAUUAUGUACUCUAUUCUUUUAUCUUUUUACCUUCGUUUCCCAUUCGUUCCAAUAAUUAUUCCUUCUAAAUCAUUUAAUUGGUUACAAUGUAUGCAGCAGCUAUGAGAAAUGAGUCAUGUAUGUGAAUUAAAAGGGGGUGAUUUGGACCUAUGUGCGGAAGGAAACAAU